AUAAAAGAAACGUAAUAUAAUGAAAAAUAAAUGUUUUAUUACGAAGGUCGGGUGGUAAGUGGAGAGAGUCGUCCCUGAGCCAUGGUGCGCAGUUGUGAUGCGCGAAAGUACUACGGCGUCGGGAGUCAGUCAACUCGGUGACGUUCUACAGUGAAUGUCGUAUGGUGAAUUUGUUAUGCCGGUAUUUACGAAACUGAAAUGAAGUGAUAAAUUUACGCACACAUAUGUAUUUUCAAGAGUGAAUCGUGUAAUCAUAAUAAUAGUUUAAUCGUUAAACGCAUCGAAUAGGCUUAAGUUAAGAAGAAAAAGAUACGAGUUGCAUUGGGGCGUCUCUUGCAAACUAGAGCAGCGAACAAUGUAAAGUCGAUAUUUUUACAAAUUUCAUGUGAUGUAUGUGCAAUCCAUUGGCGAAGGAUAAUCAUCAUAAUAAAGAAGAAAUUAAAUUGAUCAAAAUGAUUGGUAUAAACGAGUAUGAUUUGAUUUGAGAAUGUAUCCAUAUAGUGGUUCAUAAUCGUGACGAAUGAGUCGUGAAAGCAUCAUCGAAAUAAAAUUUCUACUUUUCUUCGCGAACGAAUAGUGAAUAAGCGUACGUUGUCAUUUUCGUUCCGUUAUUAUUGCAAAAGACUCGAAAGGAAAAUAUACAGAAAGAUAGACAGAUAUAUUAUAUUAUAUUAGGCGUGGAACGAAAGGUAUGUUGAGAAAAAAAUAUCAUAAGAAGAAGGCGUAGCGCAAAUUUGAUUGAAAGAAUUAGGAAAGAGAAUAAUACGAAAUCGAAAUAAGGAAAAGAGAGAAAGAGGGGAGGCAGGAUCGGUUGGAAGAGAGUUGGACGGUCGAGGUCGUCGGUGAAGUAGAAGGCGCGAAGCGCGCGCGCGACGAGUUUCUCGUCGUGACGAGUCGUGAGGAUGGAGGACGAGUUACGAUGCCCUUGUUGUAAAGAAUUGUUCGUUGAACCGGUGCUAUUACCAUGCUGGCAUGCCCUUUGCCUUGCGUGCGCGGUUAAUCUGCAAGCACCGCCGGAUUCACCUCCAGAAUCGACGACCGACUCGUCCAAUGCACCGGGAUCUGAUCAGGAAGCGGAUAAACUUUCGAUUCUUUCCGAAACUGAUUCCGGUGUGGUGUGCAGCAGCACGUCAACUAGCUCGCGACCAGGAAGCUAUGUCGGCACACCCGGAAACGGAGGUUUUCCACCAUCAGGCGGCACUUUAUGCCUCUCCUGUCCUGUUUGUCAGAAGACCGUUUAUUUCGACGAAGGAGGAGCUCACAAUUUACCCAAAUACAGGGCAAUGCAACAUAUCGUAGAAAAAUAUCAAGAAUCGAGAAACACGAGACUGCAAUGUCAAAUGUGCGAGGCUGAACCCCGGGACGCUACCGUCGCCUGCGAACAGUGCGAGGUUUUGUAUUGCGACGCGUGCAGAGAAUCGUGUCAUCCAAAGAGGGGACCUUUGGCGACACAUAACUUGGGCCCGCCUCGAGGCAGCUGGCAAUCGAAUGGAGGAGGUAAAGGUGUUCGCGGUUCGAACGCGGAAACUACGCCUCUAUGUACCGAUCAUAACGGCGAACCGUUGACCCUUUACUGCGCUCUUUGCAAGAUCGCGAUAUGCGCUCUUUGUCUUCGAGAUCGCCAUGCAGCUCAUCCCCACGACGUGCUCCCAUUGGCCGCAGCUUGCAAGGCUCAAAAGACGGAGCUCUCGCAAAAUUUGCAGCAACUGUCGGAAAGAGCUCGGUCGACCACGGAAUUCAUUCAGAGGCUGAAAGGGAUGACCGACAAAGUGCACGAGGAGUGCGUGGCCCUGGAGGAGGAGGUGGAGGACAGGGUGGCGAAUUUGGUGAGCCUUUUGCAGGCGAGGAAGUCGCGGUUGAUCGAGGCCGCCCGGCAAACGCGGGAGGCGAGGGUGCGCUCUCUGAGGGACCAAGUGGCCAGAUGCGCGUCCCAUCUGCAGGCGACCACCGCACUGCUCACAUUCUGCAUCGAGGCGCUCAAGGAGAACGACAGCGCCGCCUUCCUUCAGAUAGGCGGAAUGCUGUCGGUCCGCGCGGCGACCGCCGCCGGCUCUUGGGGCGGCGCCGAGGGGGUGCAAGAAAUUGCUCGGCUCCCGUUGCUCGAUCUCACUCUCGAUGACAAACCGUUGCGACGCGCUAUCGAUCAACUUACCUUUGUUCAGUUGAAACCAUCGGAAGGAGAAGAGCGAUACCCGAUUGCAGCCCCCGGAGCGCCGAUAUUGAUACCGGAAGAGUGCAGCGCGGAGAACAACAGCGUGACAGUCGCCUGGCAACCGCCACCUGGUCACGGAAUCGUUGGGUGUGCCGGUCAAAGGGGGCCCGCCAUUGAAGGAUACUUGCUGGAAUUGGACGACGGAUGUGGCGGUGAAUUCAGGGAGGUGUACUGUGGUCGAGAAACGAUCUGCACCGUGGACGGAUUGCAUUUCAACUCUCUGUACAAUGCCAGGGUGAGGGCGUUCAACAGCGCCGGGGAAGGCGAGUAUUCCGAGUUGAUCGGCCUCCAGACUGCCGAGGUGGCAUGGUUCUCGUGGGCGACCGGGGCAUCCGGUAUACCGCAGGAGGUAUCAAUUUCCGAGGACGCGAUGAGCGCGUCCUGCGAAGGUUACGAACACCGAGUUGUCCUUUCCAGCGUUGGAUUUUCACGGGGCGUUCAUUAUUGGGAAUUAACCAUCGAUCGCUAUCACGCCGACACCGAUCCCGCCUUCGGUGUGGCCAGGGCCGAGGUGUCGCGGGACAGAAUGCUCGGUAAGGACGACAAGGGUUGGAGCAUGUACAUAGACCGGCAGCGUUCUUGGUUCAUGCACGGGGGUGGCCACGCGCAGAGGACCGAGGGAGGUGUGCAGCAGGGGUCCACGGUGGGCGUCCUCCUCGACUUGGACACCACCCACACCCUGCGCUUCUUCGUCAACGACCAGCCCCAGGGUGGGAUCGCGUUCCGCGACCUCUACGGCGUGUUUUACCCGGCCGUGAGCUUGAACAGGGGGGUGACCGUCACUCUGCACACGGCGUUGGACGUGCCCCGCCACUUGUUGGCGCUGCACGAAGAGUACAUGACGGACACGAUCCAGAGCUAGGGGUACCUGACCGUCCUGAAGAAGGGCCUUUUGCAGGAGGCAGCCGGCUCGCCGCCCUGUCCCUCGUCCGCCGAGAAGCCGGGCAGGGAGUUCAACGGCCAGCUCGAGAAGAUCGUCGAGGAAUCCCUGGCCGAGGCCAACUGAUCGUCGUCCAAAACUUUUUUUAAUUUAUUCCACAGGAAAUGGCUAUAUAUAUAUCCUCUUAUAUCGCGCCGUUUUCUUUCAAUGAUGAAUUCAUUUUCGUGUAAUGAUCGAUAAUUAUCGUGGCUUUGUAAUAAGAAAGAGCAAAAGAAGGAAUCGUUUCGUGAUAUUUUGUUCUAAAAGCAAGAUUAUUUUUCUGGAAGAAAAGAGGAAAUCACUGCCAGUAUCAAGAUAUUCGUCGAAUCGAAGACUGCCAUUUUUUCGAGGGGGCCUAUUAAUUAAGAAAUGAGAUAUUCUCCGUCUAACGAUCGUGAGUGGGGUCGUAUCUUCUUAUCCAUAUCGACACGUAAUAUAACGUAAGUGUAGUAGUCGCGUAGGCAUAAGAUAAGCUCUAUUCGAUAUUUAAUAAGAUGCAUUGCGAGGGAUAAAAGGAAGGAAGGAAGGAAGGGAGGAAGCUAGCAGCGCACGUAUACUAAAAAGGCAAGCUCGUAAGCUUUAGAAGCGAAAGAGUAAAGCGAGUCGAAAUAAACGUUUUUUUUCUAGUCCCCGAUAAAAGUUUUCGUUUCUUUCUUUUUUUUUUUUGUUUUUUGUCUUCUUCUUCCUGAAAGAAUUCUAUUAAAAUUCCUUCGAUCGCGUUACUUACUUCAUUGUUAUUUCUCCCUCUCUCUAUCUGUCUGUCUAUCUCUUUUUAUACAAUUUUUAUAUAUCCACGAGGAAUAUAUCGACUACGUUUUUCUCUCGAAGAAAGAAAAAGAAAAAGGAAAAAAAAAAGGAAAAAAAGAAAAGGAAAAAAAAAACAGUGUAUUCGAAUCUAAUGCUUUUUAUUUAAAGAAAUAGAUGAUGCAGCGCACAUUACUCGUGAAAAAACGUUCCUCCUCCCAAGGGAGGGGAUGAAGGAGGAGAUCAAGAUCGGCGUUGUAUAUAUUUGUAUAUACAUACAUAUCUCGAUUGUAUUUGCCAACCGAUGAAUAUUUGCCAACUGUAUUAUUUACGACAACCCUCAUCAAUAAACCACAGCAGAAAGAGAGAGAAUAUCA